GCGGCGCGGCCGCGGGAGGCGCUGGCGGCGGGCCCGCCGGACAGCGUCUCCGGAGCGGCAGUCGGCGUCCGUUCCUCGCGGGGACAGCAAGCAGCAAUCGGCAAGUGGCAAGCAGCAGGCACAGCCGGCACAGCGCACACAUGGAGAACGAGUCGCUGACGCACGUGUCCACCGACAUGAUGGCCCCGAUGGCCGAGUUCGACAAGUCGCCGCCGAGUCCGCCCGCGACGCCGCCGCUGUCCGCCCCCGACGACUUGCCGCCGCCCCCGGCGUCCGCCUCCGGCUCGGUGCACGGUUCGGUGUCCGCGGCCGCCACCGCCACCCCGGCCGCGACCGCCUCCAACGCCGCCUCCCUGGCCGGAUCCUCCACCGCCCCCACCACCGUCGCUGCCUCCCCCAAUGCUGUGCAGCAACCGCCCCCGGAGAAACUGGAACUCGCCGCAGCCGAAAAGCAUCGUCAGUACGACGAUGAGGAGAGCGGGUGGGCGUGCAUGAACUGGUUCGAGUACAUGCUGGUGGUGGUAUUGGCCAGCCUGCUGCUGCUCGGCGCCCUCACGCUGACCCUCUUCUGGGCGCUGUACUACGCCGGGGGCUUCGCCUGGACCGAGGAGCCCGCUCGCCAGUUCAAUCUCCACCCCGUGCUCAUGGUCGCCGGGUUCAUCACCUUCAGUGGCUUCUCCCUGUUACUGUAUCGAAUCUGUCGAUGCUGCCGUCGCAUAUACGUGAAGCUGUUCCACACAAUCUUCCAUGCUCUUGCCAUACCAUGCAUUGUGGUUGGAUUUAUAGCAGUACUUGAUUCACACAACCUUGCAGAUCCACCAAUAGCAAACUUCUACUCCCUGCACAGCUGGAUGGGGCUGGUUACCAUGGGCCUGUUUGCACUGCAGUUUGUUGUAGGCUUCUUCAGCUUCCUGAUCUUGCUGUGCUGUGAAGGUGCAACAGCAGCAUUCCGAGCUUCUCUAGUACCCAUACACGCAUCCUUUGGCAUAACAACUUUCAUGCUGGCUGUAGCGACAUGCCUUACAGGUCUCACAGAGAAGGCCUUCUUUAAGCUUAGCACCAAUUACCAGAAUUUGCCUGAGGAGGCUGUCAUAGUGAACGCACUUGCCAUAGUGCUUUCAGUCAGCGCAGUUGUUGUUGGCUACAUCGUCAUGAGGGAUGACUUCCGUUACCGUGGUCGUAUUCUGAUUACAUCAGAUGGAGAUCUAUGAAGAUCUUAACACUUCUCAUAAGCUUCUCAUGUGAUAUUCAGAAAACUAUUUACAAGGAAUAUAAAUUGAGAUUUCAUAUUUUCAUUCAUAAGAACACUUUUGAUUAAGUGAUUGUAUUGAGCAAUGCUCAAAUAAAAACAUUUUUGUUACACUUCUUGCCUGUUCUCUGAUUCUGAUUACUCUCUUGUGGAAAUACUCAGAUUUCUCUUACUUUAUGGUAUGUAUCAGCCCUAAAUCAGCUUACUAACUUCACUGCACAGCAGAUGGCACUCUCAAGGUGAUGGUACACUGCACUGGAUGUGUUUGGUAUUAGUCUGUCACACAGCCUUUUAACAAUAACCUGUCGCUUUUCAGUCACAGUGGACCCCUAACAUCAUUAAUUCAUCUUUCUUCAUUCCAUAAUGGUGAAAACUGUAUCCAGUUUUUUAAAGUAACAGUUUCAUGUUUGUCUGUCUUUCCUGUUUAUAAUUAUAAUUUAAUACUGUUGUCUUAUGCACCCUUGUUUUUUCCUCUUUUUAAGCAACACAAUAUUAAAUGUAUCAGAUGCAAGAGUUCAGGUAAACCAUUCAUUUGCUAGAGUUAGUCUCUAUCAGCAUUUGCAGAACGCUAUAUAUGACUUUCAUAUCAAGAAAAAAUAGUUUUAUCUUGCGCGGUGAUAGUUAAACUAAGUAUUAAUGAUCAGCUUAGAAAAUUACCUUAGGCCGGUAACAGUUACUGACAAGAUAAGAAUUCGACAGAGCUAUGCAAGUUCUGGAAAGUUGGCUGUUACUUGUCAUUUGAAGUAUUUGCCAGAAAAACAUUUUAUUUUCUGUCUACUAGUGCUUAGUGAUGAAUAUUUUCUCAAAAAGUUGCUAUGUUUAGUGAGAGACAAACUUCUAAUUCUGCCAGAAAUUCACAUGCAUAUCAUUCAGUACGUUUUGUGUCAUUCUCCAAGAAUACCAAAGAAAUGAAAAAUCUUUAAUUCAGAGAGCAUUAAUAGAUGCCAUUACAGUAUCUGCUGGCUAUGGAUUCAAGACACCUGCAUUUUUUCACAAUGAAAUUGUGUUUUAGUAAAGAACAGGACACUAUAGCUCGAAGUCAAACAUAACUAAUCAGCCUGUUUUCAUACUGAAAAAUGUUUGCAUGUAAUUAACAUAGAACAAGUAUAUCUCGGUUAUUACCAAGUGUCUGUGAAUGAACCACUGAGUAGCUGUAUUACUCUUGCAGUGAUCUAUGCCUAGCAUAGUACUGGUUUCAUCGGUCAGCAAACACAAUAAACAUCAGGCAAAUAGAACAGUACCAAAAAAGACAACUUACAGGUGACAGUCAAAGUUACAUAAUACUGCCAUUUGCAAAAGAGAUUUUUUGUUUUUUCUCAGUUUCUGUAAUUUUCUUGUUCCCAAAAUUUAAAAACAUAAAAUGAAAGUAUUUCAUAAUUUGAAGGUUUUAUUAUACCUCCCUAAUACACCUGAUUUAUUUAUUUUUAGAGGCUCUGGGGCAAUUCUUCAGUACCUGUCACAUUUUUGUUCAUUUUGGGUUAUGCUGCUUCGGCAGCACUAUACAGGUGUGAAAGACCAAUAUAGUCAGACAUGACCUUAAUUUGUAUCAGUCUAAAUCAUAAUGUCAUUUAUUAUGUUUUACUCACAAGAGACUGAAGUUUGUUUUCUGUCCUUCUGAGGAAACAUGUGAUAUGUUGGCACAAAUGCAAAACACCCAUUACAAACUUGCUGUUGUUGAACCAUGUUUAUGCUUGUGUUGUCUCACAGGGUUCCUGCAUGGUGUGGCAUGUGCACAAAUUUAUGUUUGUUUCUCUGUGUGCUUUCAGCUCUAAGUAUUCGGAGAUGCCUGAGGAAGGGAUAAUCAUGAAUGCUCUGGCUAUGGUGUUGGUAGCUUUGGGGAUACUUCUGUCUUACGCUGUGCGGAGGGAACCAUUCCGCACACAAGUUAAGACUUUCGUCACUGAGCGACUGUAGACUAGUUUUACAAUACGUUAUUUGGACUGAAUUGUUUCACUGCUGUAAUCUAAUGUCACAGAAGCUUUGUAGGUUCAGUUGUUCCUACGCUGUAUUGGAAGGAAAAAAAAAUUCUUUAACUGUUCAACCCAGAAAUAGUGAACCAUUAGAAUUUUUAUACAUUUUCUUAUCAAGAUUGUCAAUCUUAUCUUCAUAACAGUGGACAGUGCCCUUUUUAACAGUGUACAAGCUGAAAGGACCAAGAAGGAUAUAUUCUGUGUACAAAGACAUUUUAUUCCUGCUAAGGUACCUUAUUAUUAUCCAUACCAUUUUUAUAGACAUUCUGUGUGUUCUAGCAUAGUCACUUUUUAUUACUUCGGUGCAGAUAAUCAGUCUUGUAUAUCAUUUUAUAAAUCAUGCCUUUGUACAUAAGCUUUGUAGUUAAUAAGGAAAAAUACUGACAUACAUUUGUGUACAUGAUCCAUUUAUAUAUAUAUACAAAAAUUCAGAUCUGUGCAAAUGCGUGCAUGAGUGUUGUAUUUAAAUAACUUGCUCUAAAUAUAGAGAAAAGUUAAUGAGCAGUAUGACUGAAUAUUAAAAGUAAUUUGUUGUUAUUGUUUGAUGGCAGAAAAUUUUAGAAAACUAUAAAUGUUAAUUACACCUAACAUAUUUUGCACACUUGUGCAAAGUUCAAAAUAUUUGUCUUUGGAGCAGAUUCUUUUUUUAAAAAAAAUCUGUUCUAUGAUUACAUCUUCCCUCAUAUUGUCUGCGUCACAAAAAGUUUUUAAUUUUACCUCUGCCAUCAUUGUUAUCUUUUUAAAUCUUUUGGUGUGAAGAUACCAUGAGUGUUGACUUGACAGAACACGUAAAGAAUUCAGUCAAGUAAGGAAUUCUAUUAUUCAGAUUUUUGUUAUUGAGAUAUCAGAUUAAUGUAUGAAAGAAAUAAUAGAUUUACAUUUAUGCUAUAAUUAUUACAUCGAAGCAUUCAAAAUGAUAAGUGUUAUUGGAGUAUAAAAAGUUUCAUAUGUAACCUGAAGAAAUUUGACAUUAAAGUAUUAAAAAAACUGCCGUA